UCCCUUCCCAGGAGCAGCAGCAGCAGCCUCUCUUCUGGCGGAGAAGCCGGAUCCUCGACAGGAGCCGGGCAAAGGAGCGCGCCGCUUGCCGGGGAUUCCCAGCCCCCUCGGUUUGCGCGCCACAGGUUGCCGUCCUCAAAAAGGGACCGCCGCCGCAGCUGCCGCAUGAGGCUCGCUGGGCGCCGGGCACAUCUCCGAGGAAGCCGCGCCGCGCUCUCGCUCCAUCGCCGGUGCCCGCCGCCCCGUCUCCCUGCCGCCGCCGGGACCAUGAACUCCACGCUGGGCAACCAGACGGAGGUGCUGGGGCUGCUGCUGGCCAACGGCACUGGCUCUCUGGAGCGAGUGCUCCAGUCCUUCACGCCCAUGUCCGUGGUGACCGACGACGGCUUCGUGGUGACGGCGCCGGACGAGCGGAGCCUGUACAUCAUGCGGGUGGUGCAGAUCGCCGUCAUGUGCGUCCUGUCGCUCACCGUCGUCUUCGGCAUCUUCUUCCUCGGCUGCAACCUGCUCAUCAAGUCCGAAGGCAUGAUCAACUUCCUGGUGAAGGAGCGGAGGCCGUCCAAAGAGGUGGAGGCGGUGGCCGUGGGCCCCUACUGACCCCGGCGCCGCCCACCGGCCCGCUUGGCCUCUCCGGACUCGCGAGGGGACCUUUGGCUGCUGCCGCCGCCUUUCCCGGCCGUGGAAACAAUUCCUGGCAGGCGAGGGACAAGCGACCCUUUCCCCCCACCGACGGGACGAUAGUAGCAGGACUCUAUCCGAAGCCAACUGCCGUGACUUUGGACUGGGCGUGGGAGAAGGUUUUACAGCCGUUUCCCUCGCUCUCCGGACAGGUGGGGAAGAGCAGCGACCUCGACCUGCAGCGAGGACAGUGGUGGUCCCCCUGCGGUGGGAACGGGGGUAAAGUGGAAAGGGGACAGAGAUGAGGAAGCUCUUGAAUGACAUUUGAUGUUCUGUAUAUAACACUGUAAAUCCCACCAGCUAAACAUUUCCAGCUUUGAUGCUUUGUUUUAAGGAGGGGAGGGAGAGAGACAAAUUGGUCUUAAAGUUUAAUUGUAA